GUAUAAUCUGACUGUGAGUUUGAAAUGUGUACACUCAACAAUUGCUGUUGAAGCAUGUUUGGCAACAAAUUUGGUUUGCUAGUGCCUCAUUUUUCCUGGAGUACUAGUCAUUAGUAGAAAUAAGAGGCCAGCUAUCUGAGUAUCUUAUUUUACAGGGAGUCUCAGUUCAAACAAGAAACAAAAAGCUGGCUUGUUUAGAAGUGGAAGUGAAGCUUUGAUUUAUUGACUUUAGCUGAGCCUUCUUGAUUGUGCAUCUCUCAGCCUUCUGACACAGCCAGCAUCUCACUGAAUGUCCCCUCUUGAAGAAUUCUCCUUCCCCCUCUCUCUUCCCUGUGCGUGUGUGUGUGUGUGUGCACAUGAGUGUGUGUGCGUCUGUGCAUUCAUAUGUAUGUAUGUCACUCCCUCUCUCUCCCCCAUUCCCCUGGAAGGGCUCCAGCUGCUAAUGCAAAACAACGUUUAAUCCAGCAACCCAGUUUCUAAUUGGGAUGCUGGCAUGACCCGCGUGGAUUCCCUGUUCCAUCUGGCAGACUGUUAAAAUUGCUUGCCGAAGAGGAGGAGGAGGAGGAGGAGGAGACAAGAGCUGAGGUGGGCUAAGGAAGCCAUGGCUGCUGCCUAAAAAGCCACUCCUACGGACAGAAGAUGCCAUAUCCUCCUUGAGUUGUUGGAACAAGUCUGUACUUUGCACGAGCCACUUGACAAGAAGUGCCCAGGCCUAGUUGCUAUGGCUGGUGGAAAGCAGGAGCUUAAAAGGAGCAUCACCAUUAUCCCUUGCUUUGUGUUUGUGGAGCUGGGGAUCAUGGCUGGCACAGUGCUGCUGGCUUACCACUUUGAGUAUUCAGACACGUUUCCAGUGCACUUUCAAGGAUUCUUCUGCUAUGACAAUACUUUGGCCAAACCCUAUCCUGGGCCAGAGGACAGUAGCCGAGCCCCUCCAGUCCUGGUUUACUCGCUUGUUACAGCUGUCCCCACUGUCACGAUCCUUGUUGGAGAACUGGCUGCCUUCUUCCUCCAGCCAAAACAGCGUGAGGAGAAAACCAUAAUCUCGGGCGAAUGCUGUUACUUCAAUCCCCUUCUGCGCCGCAUGAUCCGUUUCCUGGGCGUCUAUUCCUUUGGCCUCUUCACCACCACCAUCUUCGCCAAUGCAGGCCAAGUGGUGACCGGCAACCAGACCCCACAUUUCCUCUCCGUGUGCCAACCCAACUACACUGUGCUGGGCUGCCAACCACCCCCGGGCACCAUCUAUGUCACAGACAAGGCGGCCUGCACUGGCAAUCCUCUCCUGGUCACUGCAGCCUGCAAGGCCUUCCCCUCUAAGGACGCUGCCCUCAGUGCCUACGCGGUGGCCUAUACUGUGAUGUAUGUCACCCUGGUUUUCCAGCUGAAGGGCUCCCGCUUGGCCAAGCCCUCCCUGUGCCUGGCACUCCUGGGCCCGGCAUUCUUGGUGGGCGUGGUGCGUGUGGCCGAGUACCGGAACCAUUGGUCUGACGUGCUGGCUGGGUUCCUCACAGGUGGGGCCAUUGCCACCUUUCUGGUGACGUGUGUGGUCAACAAUUUCCAAAGCCCCAUAUCUCCAGUCAAGAUGGCUUCUCCACCUGAAAGUCUACCCAGUGUCCCAGUCUUGGGAUUGCCCUGUGUUGACAGCUCCCUCGAAAAAUUAAGUGUGGCUCAGCAGGUGAGGGACACCCCAGAAGAGCAGGAGUUUUCUACGCUACUCUCAAGAGGUCUGGAAAGGCAGCUAGCACGAUCUCUCCACUUGGCAGCACCUGGCAGCGCAGCAGUGACCCGUCCCUACGAGAUCACGGAGCUGUGUUCACCGAGGUCACCUGAUCCUCAACUAUGUCUCUUCCCCUCCACCCCAGAUGUCCUCAUUCCCUCCCGGUCAGUCACCAGUGAAGUCUGACCCAGGGAGGCAUUCCUGAUAUUCCUGCAGCAGAGCUAGAUCUUGGGGGUGGGCUCUAACCUUGUACUUUUCCCAACCUCUUUCUUGGACUUUCCCGGAAUCAGGUUUGUUAGUUGUCAUAACAUAGUUCUGGUUCUAUGAUGUGAGUGUGCAGCACAGAUUGGGGAGGGGCAAAUAAGGGUAAAAAUAAAACCCCAUAACUUUUUCAGUUGGUCUGAUGCCAUUUACCAGUUCUGAUACUAGUUGAACAUCUUCUCUAGGUAUAAGCCACUUGGAAUUUUGAUCACAGCUUGCUUUGCCAAGCUUCUUUAAGGAAUUUAGAAUCCCUGGAAUCUGAUAAGGCAUUCUUUCCUUUAACUGCCGAUUCUUUAAGAACAAAGUUAAGUGCCAUUUCCAAAAAAAAGAAGAAAGAAUAGCUUCGUCUUGGGAAAUAGCCCAUACGCUUUGAGCCUGAAGAAGGCACAUUUGAUUAAGAUAGGUAGUUUUGGUGGUAGGAGUUUUAAUGAGGGGAGUUUAAAAUUAAAUUUGCAAGUUAAGGAGUUGAGCUGAUUUUCAGUUGCGAGAAAUGGCUAGUAACUAAUCAUUUUGGUGACUAAUACUGCAUUUGAGGAUUUCAAGCAAGUAGGACAGUAUAUUCAAAAUCUUGAAAAUCUGGGCCUGCUAUAGGAUAUCUGGGAGCCAUUCAACCUACAUAAUGAUAGAGAAGGAAUCUAAGGAAGCCUUUUCUUCAACUGCUGUUUGCUAGUUCCAUAAAGCCUGGUGGAUGUGGACAGAAAAUGAGAUCUUUCAGGCUGGUAUUGAAUAGGUCCACCAGAAAAAUGAAAUACCUAACAAUAGAAAGAAUUUAAAACUGAUCUUUGCAUACAGUCAGGCCAGGGAGGAAGGGUGUGGAAUUUCGAGUGAACUUCUGUAGGCAGUUCUGACACCUUCUGAUUGAGCUAUAAUCAGUAGACCUUGUUAUAAAAAUGAACGGUGUCUGGUCUCAAGGUAUGGCCUUUGAUGGAGAAGAACCUCAGCAAACAUUGGAAGGAUCUUGGUCCAAGUCCUCGAGGAGAUAUGCUUCAUUAGAAAGACUGGAAUAUGGUCCAGAUUAAUGAUCUGAUCCAUGCUCAGCUUCAUUUGAUCACUUCAUAGGAAGGGUUUGCUGAAGAAAAGUAAUCUACACAUGAUCCACAGUACUUUCUUCUGAGCUUAGGCGUCUGAAACAAGGGCUGACACUCUAGCUCAAAUAGACCCUCCAUAGGGUCAACCAUUGCUUCUUUUCAGAGUGCUAUCUCAGAGUAUUUCUGGAGCUCAGUGUGAAAACACUUUAAACAUACAGUUUCUUCAGCUCUGAGCCUUGAUCAUUUGUUCCCAGCAGACACACCCUGGUUGAAUCUUUAUUAAUGGAGCCAUUUGCAUGUUGGGGGUUAGCUUUCAGCAGAUCGGAGCCAUCAUUCCAUUGUUGUCUUAGGGAUAUGUUUUCACUGCAAGAGAAAUAGAUGUCAAUCCUAUUCCACUGUAAUUACUUCCAAUUAAUAAAGAUUUUCAAAACUACAUUUCCCAACAAUGCCAUAUAGGAAGCCAUAACUUACUGCUAGCUUCAAUCUAAUUUAAAUUCACAGUGUGGAUUCCUCACAAUUGCAGCUUCACUUCCUUGACUCACCCACCAUCCUCAGUAACAAUUGUUGCAGCUGCUUUGCAGAUGGUGAUUAUUCCACACUGUUCUGCCCAAAGGGAUGAUAACCCCUCCCAUGUCUCCAAAGAAGCACUGGAGAUCCCUUAUAUCUCCAUUCCUCCACCAGUGAGGUCCAAAUGUGUUGAACAUUAUUCUCACUUUAAAGAUGGGAAUUGUAGUCUAAUACAUCUGAAGGGCUUCAGAUUAGGGAAGGCUGUCUUCUUCCUACUUUCCCAGCAGUCUUCCUGGUGCUGAUAAUUGCUAUUGUCUCUGCUGCACAAUUGCUGGUCAGCUGCAUGGCACCUUCUGGGUGUAGCACAGGGAUGGGUGGGCAGUUGCUUGGAAAAAUUGGCAGAGUGUCUGAGCUGCCAUCACUAUGCUUGGUGAAGGAAUACCCACAUUUUUCCAAAAUCUAUUUUAAUAAAGUUCUGUUUUAACAAUC